UUAAUAAAUAUAAAAUUCAUUCUCAUAACGUCCAUCAUUCAUGCUGUUCCAUUGUCACCCAAGGAUCAUAGCCACAAUGGAAGUUAAGACUCGGUCAACAAUGGGAUCUCCCUUGGUUUCCUCUCUUCCUCUCUUCUGUUUUUUCUCAAAACCAAAAUUAAAAAAUAAUAAUAAUACAGAAAAAAGAAAAACAAAGAAACAAAGAAAAAUAUUUCCAUCUUCAUGAAUUGAGAAAGAUAAAGAAAACCAAGAUCAACAAUGGCGGACAAUGACAAUGAAAAAGCCCGGGAAACAAUGUGCAUGGCUUUACAAGGCUCCCAAGCAUCAUCAGUGUACUCCUUGGUCGCCGUUGAGAUGCUCCUCCUCCUCGUCUUCUCCAAACUCCUCCACCUCCUCCUCCUCCGCCGUCUCGGCCAACCUCGUCUCAUCUGUGACUUCCUUGCCGCAAUGCUCAUGGCCAACAUCGACACCGUCAAGCACCACUUCCAACUCGUUAUCGGCGAUGUAAUUGAUCCUGCCGGAGAAUUUGUCUUCGCCACCUACCUCUUUGUCCUUGGCCUUGAAAUGGAUCCCCGGCUUCUUCUCCGACGUAAAGGACCAGAAGCAUCAGUUGCAUAUUUCGGAAUAUUAUCAAACUUUCUUCUAACUCUACUAUUCUUUCCGGUCCUCCAAGACAUGCACAUUGCUCAAAAGGAUGACUUUUUGACGUCGGCCGGGCUCGCCGCCAUACUUGCCACGACAUCGUCACAUAUACUCGCCCGAUUGGCAACCGAGCUCAAGUUCAGCCGCUCAGAGAUUGGACGCUUCUCCAUCACCGCCGGCGUAACAACAGAUUUAUUAUCCACCAUUCUUAUGCUCGUCGGCUACACUUGUUACUCCUUAUACAAUCAAUGGAAAUGGACAAUGAUCGGAAUUACAUAUGUUGCUGUGGAAACUAUUCUUGUAUUUGCGGUCAUUACUCCAGUGGUGGACUGGAUGAAUGACAGAAAUCCUGAAGGGAAGCCGCUGAAAGGACAGUACAUGGUGGCGGCAUUCAUGAUUCCGGCCAUGCUGUGUUAUUUGGCAAGAAAAGCUGGUUAUGAUUGGAAACUGAAUGCAUUCUUGGUAGGACUUGCAUUGCCGGGAAAAGGAAGGAUUUCGAGCUUUCUCAUCAGUAGAAUAAACUUUUCGCUUACAUACCUUAUCCUCCCUUUCUACUUUGUUCUGGUAAACAUGAAGACUGGAGAUGAUGGGAAUUCAUCAACGGCAUCUUUCUCAAUGGUAGGAGUGUUCACCAUCUUGGGAGGCAUGGGGAAGACACUUGGGACUAUGUAUGCUGGAAUCAUGAGGCAUGAUAUGAAGUGGGAGGAUGCGAUGCGCAUCGGCCUGCUACUCAAUGUCAAGGGGCCUUAUCACUUCUUUUGUGCACACAUGGCUGUGAAUUCACACCUGAUAGAUAGAAACACCAUGAAUACACUCAUGUUUUCUUUUCUUGUUUCUAUUGCUUAUAUUCCGAUGAUGGCAGGAAGAAUACGGCAGAAAAUUAAGAAAUCGGAGAGAGAACUCACCGGAAUUCAGUGGCAUGAUGCUGGAGAAGAGCUCAGGUUGGUUGUAGGACUUCAUGGGCCGAGGAAUGUGCCACUGGCUGUUGGUAUUAUUGAGGCUGCUCGUGUGGGGACUACCUCCUUGGCAGUCUACACCAUGGAUAUGGUACAGAUGACGGAGCGUGCUGCUGCUAUGCUCGUCCAUGGGCAAGACCUGGAGGAAGCCACUGUGCUGGAUGAACAGAUAAUGGAAAUGAGAGAACAUAUAAACUCUGGGUUAGAAACUUACAAGGAGCAGCUAAACGAUGAGGACAAAAAGCAUCUGAACAUUCGUCGAUUGCUCGCCAUUGCCUCAUUUGAUGAUAUGCAUCAUGAUAUAUGCAAUGCUGCUGAGGAUGUAAAGUCUGUGCUCAUUAUCUUACCUUAUCAUCGUCGGCAGAUGGUUGGUGGCGGCCUGAGCGAGGGGAAAACUGGGUUCAAAAAUGUCAACAGGAAAGUUUUACAGAAUGCACCGUGCUCUGUAGGGAUUCUGGUGGACCGAGACCAGGGCAGGAAGAAGCUGGCUUCGUCCUUGGUGUUGCAGAACAUUGUUGUUGUGUUCAUCGGCGGGAAGGAUGAUCGGGAAGCUUUAGCACUUGCCGGAAUCAUUGUCCAGCAUCCUAGUAUUAACCUUAUGGUUGCACGUUUCCUUCCUGACCCUGCUGCCAUUGACAAAGCCAACAGGACCGGGCAUCAAGCGUUUGCGUUUGAUGCAGAUGAAGAUGCAGAGGCGCGGGCGGAUGAGCAGUACUUCACGGCAUUCCAUGAGAGGCACUCAGGAAAAAAGAACUUAGUGUGCAUGGAUGUGCAUGUUUCUAAUGGGGCGGAGACAGUGGCGGCACUGCGAUCUUUGGCAGAGCGGCAUGAGCUGUUCAUUGUAGGCCGGGGGGAGGUCCGGUGGUCACUGGUGACUGCUGGGAUGAGUGACUGGGUAGAGCACGCUGAUCUUGGCCCUGUCGGAGAUGUACUUGCUGCCUCAGACUUCUCAACAUCGACAUCAGCAUUGGUCAUACAGCAGCAUGAUAAUAGGAAGGAGCAGAAGGUCAUAGAUGAUGACUUCCUACCAAUGUAGUUAAAUAG